GCACUAUGAAAUCGACAUUACCCCGUCUUUUCCAAUGCACCCUCCGACGACUCGGACAUGAGAACCCGCUGGGACUCCCCCGUUCAGGGACCCCGCCUCACUGGCCCAGGCGUCCUGAACGCCGCAAGAUUCGCGGCGUCGAGCGAGUCGUAGCCGUCACCUCAGCCAAGGGGGGCGUGGGCAAGAGUACCGUCGCCGCCAACCUGUCCCUCGCCUUUGCCCGUCUCGGCUACCGCGCCGGUAUUCUCGAUGUCGACGUCUUCGGCCCUUCCAUCCCUACCCUCUUCGACCUUUCUGGCGAGCCGCGUUUAUCCGAGAAUAACCAGCUCAUCCCUCUCACAAACUACGGCGUCAAGACCAUGUCCAUGGGCUACCUCGUAGGCGAAGACAGCCCCGUCGUCUGGCGCGGCCCCAUGGUCAUGAAAUCCGUGCAGCAGCUCCUCCACCAAGUCGACUGGGGCGCCUCCGGCCUCGACAUCCUCGUCCUCGACCUCCCGCCCGGCACCGGCGACACCCAGCUGACCAUCACCCAGCAGGUCAUCCUCGACGGCGCCCUCGUCGUCACCACCCCGCACGCCCUCGCCGUCCGCGAUGCCAUCCGCGGCGUCAACAUGUUCCGCGCCGUCGGCGUCGACAUCCUCGGCCUCGUCCAGAACAUGGGCCUCUACCGCUGCCCGUCCUGCGGCGAUCCGUCCCACGUCUUCGGCGGCCACGAUCGCGUCCUCCGCAUGUGCCGCGACCUGGACCUGCCCCUUCUCGCCGACAUCCCCCUCCACCCUUCCAUCGGCGACGACGCGGAUCGCGGCCGCCCUACCGUCGUUGCCGAACCCCAGAGUCCCAGGGCUGAGGCUUUCGUCAAGUUGGCCGAGGCUGUUGCCGCCAAGAUUCACUUGUCCAAGUCAUGAAAAUCGGGAUUUCCAUCGCCUCUUUUUUCCUGUUGUCUGUCUUCUUUAUAUUUGACUCGAUCAUAUGUACUAUAUUUAACAAGAUGUACCAUUGCCUGCACUCACG